AUGGACGUGUACGAAUGGAGCGAGUCAGGUCCAAUCCUCGAGACGUUGCACAGGCAUCCUGACGGCAAGAUUGGCUUCGUCAUCUAUCGCACUCACUACGACGAUGAUCAGAAAUGGGCGCAGUUCGUCAAGCGCUUGACUGACUCUGCUUCGUAUACUCUCUCUCACGACGACAUCUGUUUCAGUGGCGACAUGCGCGGAGAGGAGCUCAAGAAGGUAUUCGCUUACGACAUACGAGACGAUAAGGCAACGCUCGAGGACGCCUCCGUCGCUGACAUUCGCCGAAUAUUCUGCGAAUGGAAGAAUUCAGUACCAGACUGUCCUAUUAUGCCCAAGUACGACAUGUGCGUUCUAGCCGACAAGGAAGUCAUCGACUCUGUAAUGGAAGACGCAAGGCCAUGGAAGAACGACAGACCACGUGGACACGUCAAGCUCGUCAGAGCCGAUCACAAGAAGGAAUGGCAUGAAGCUAAGGAAGGAUAUCCCGCCAUCGAUGGGUCUACCGCGCAUGAUGUUGGCUGGAUGAAGCAGGCGGUCGCCUAUCUCUUUCCUCGCCUCUACUCAGUUCUGUUGAGGAGUAGCUGGGGUUCCGAGUACCGUAGGCCACCUCGUAUCCGGGAAGACUAG